AUGGCCAAGCUAACAGACUUGCCAGCCGACUUGGUCCACAAGAUAAUCGCACACUUGAUCGACCAUCGACCCCAGACCGAGAAGGCUCAUUACAACCUCGACCACGACGAAAUUGGACCCAACCCAGCCAAACGAACUAGGCCCCAUCUGGAGCUCAAGGAAACCUGUCGACGACAUUGCCAUAGUUUUGUUGCUGGCGCCCAAAUACCCCAAUACCCGCUUGAGGUUUCCUGGCAAGAAGGUCUGCCAACCAAUCCAUUACUACCUCUCACUUUGGUCAACCACACAUUUCGACAAUGUGCCCAGCAGGCCCUUUUCAAAAACGUGGCUUUAGGAACGCAAUGGCAAGCAUAUUUAUUCCUCCGGGCCCUUACUUGUACAACCACACACGACGAGUCAACCCUGUCGGCGACCGGCCGGGUCCCAUCGACUGUGACCGAUCAUCCUCUGAAAGUACUAGCCCUUCAUGUCCGCUCGCUACAGUUCAAUUGGCGCGGUCCGGCUUCGAUGGGAAAGGGUGGCGGCUCUUUAAUCUGUGAUAUCAUCCGAACCUGUCCGGUACUCGAAAACCUCGCCAUUAGUACCACGCUCCUGAGACCGUGCAAAGAACCCCUAUUGGAGGCCCUGGCAGGUCGACAAUUUCUUCGAGAAUUCGUCGUCCUGAGAAAUCCCUACUAUUAUGGCGAUCUCCACCUCCAAUGGCAGGUUGAUGAAGUGCUUGCUCGAUUAUGCUCUGGAUGGAAACACCUCGAGACGAUUGAACUCCAUAAACUUGCUGGUCAUGAGCCGCACAAGAGUCUCCCGUCUAAUCCGAUAAAUUCAAUACCCACGAUGAAUUGCGCCCUGAAAACGCUCAUCUUAGAAAGGUGUGAUUUAAACGACAGGGAGAUCUCCUGGAUUCUGGAAAGCUCCCGAGAGAGCAUGCGGACGCUUAAGAUUAUCGAACCAACCCAGAAACUCAGCCGACCGGGAUUAUGUCGAAUCUUGAAAGACUGCACGAGUCCCAAUUUGGAAAUUCUAAAGAUCUCGAUCAGUACGGAAUGGCAUGUGAUCUACCCCUCCGAGUACGUCGAGGGCUCUGAUGACCCAGCCACAAACCGGGGCCUGCUUGAUGUUGUCUUCAAAACCUCUUCCGCAUUGAGAAAGCUUAAGUCCUUGUCUAUCGACGGUUCUCUGAUCGGCGUCGAGCUCUUUACUCUACUGCCUCCAUCGAUCGUCAAGUUUGACUGGGGUGAUCAUGAGAUGGAUGGCUCUGCAUUCGCGAGGGCACUAUCAAAUUCUGACUCGACGGCUCAAUGCUUGCCUAAUCUAGAGUGUUUCUCAAUACGGAAUUUUUCCGAUUGGGCCGAGCAAGACCGACAUGUGAUCAGGACAACCUUGAUGGCCCGAGGGGUGUGUUUUCACACCACUGGUGGGAAAGACUUUUGCAAGGAUGAGGAAGCCUACUACCGUGGCGGCUCCGACGGCUCGGAAAAUUUGAGUGGCUCUGCAGAUUCUCUAUCAUCCGCUAUGUCGCCCAUAACAGAUCCUCGAACACGCCCCGGAGAGCGAUAUCCCGAACCCUCAGAAUGGGGCUCGGACUAUUCUUACGUUUCAUCCACGGCCAGCUGGUUUUUUUAG